GCUCGCGCCGCUUGAGGAUCUUUGGUGGCAUGGGUGGCUCGGUUUGGCUGAGUAGCACGCCAUCCUCACCUGCUGCCGCUCUCGCGGCUGUGACCCUGCCACCGGUGUCUUCUUCUGCCAUGGUCUGCACCCGGCCUCUGCCUCCCAAGUCUGUCUUCAUGCGGUCCAGCUGCUGCUCCCAUCGCUUAUGGUGUCGCGUCCCUUCUCCUACCGUGCUGCCAUGUUGUGCUCCGGCGACGGUGCUCUUGCUUGCUUGCUGUUCGCGGGUAUGCCUGUGGAGCUCAAUGCUGUAGUCCAUCUUCUCGCUUCUUGGUCGGCGGCGCGGUAGCAGGAUAGUUGGUGGUAAGAGGCUUUGGUGGCGAAGAGGGUGAUGACUAGAGCGGCGGUGGCUGUUGUUGUCGCUGCUGCUGCUGCUUCUGCUGUUCACAAGAACGUGAGGUGGAAGAGAUUGUGGAAGAGAUUUGACGGCUUCGUCGCAAUUCAAAAGAAAGACGUCAGAGACUACAAAAGCACACAGAAGCAGCACGGCGAUGAAAAUGGAAAGCGCGCUGGUGCUGAUGCUGCCGAGGAGAAGACGGCUCUCUUCAGACUGGGGGCAACAUUUCUAAGGCAUCGAAUGAUCAGUAAGGGGAGCGAAGAGCUUCUUCUCCAAGCUAUUGCAGGCUGCAAUAACAUGAUGAAACGCGCGAUGAUCACCCCAGACCACUCCGCCAUCGUGCACAACGCCAACUCGCCGUGGUACGAUCAUGUCUCGCGGGCCUCUGAUUGCCUGACCGCGACAGCAAGCACGGCGGGCCAUUUCAGGACAGCAUCAUAUCACUCGAGCCGCGUGGGCACUUCAACCGACAAAAAGGAAGCGGCAACUGGCAUGGUGGAGGCAUCGACAGAUCCUUUGGCCUUGACCGCAGCGACAGCAGACUGCGCGACGUCCAAUCCUCCCGCAUUCGAGAUGCAUCCUACCAUUCAGUACCCAGCGCAAGCCCGCUCUGAGACGACGACUUCUCAACACGAGACCAACUGGAAAAUUUCACUCGAGACACGCUCAGAACAGGAGAAUGGGGAAGAGGCACUACAGGGUUUCAGUCAGCACGACGUCAACCAACGGCUCAUCUGUGGUGAGAUCAGUUGCCGACCAUGA